AUGGAUCCCAAAUUGAAGAAGAUCAUCGAGCUCAUCGAGUCAAAGAAGAAACCAUCGCAUCCUUGGAAUCGACAGGAGAGAGUGAAUCAGCCCUACUUCUCCUUCUCGCCCGAGCCGGCUUCAUGGCAGCCUGUCACUCCGUCCAAGAGCGCUAUACAAGGAGCAAACCUCUCGGGAUUUAUGCUCCUAUCAUGGAAUAUUGACUUUAUGCUCCCGUUCACCGACGAACGGAUGCGGGCUGCUCUCAAGCACCUACGAUCUCAUGUCGAGGGCACUUCGCUCCCUAGUGUUGUCAUGCUGCAAGAGAUGCUGGAGACCGACCUGGCCCUGCUGCAAGCCGAGCCCUGGAUUCGAAGCAACUACCACUUGACCGAUCUAGAUAAUAAGUACUGGGAAUCGGGCCACUAUGGUACCUGUACCCUCGUUCCAAAAGUCUUGCCCAUCACUUCCGUUUUCCGUGUCCAUUACGAGCAGACCGUCAUGGAGAGAGACGGGUUAUUUGUCGAUGUGGAUUUUGGCAACAGCCAGAUUAUCCGCAUCUGCAACACGCAUCUGGAGUCGUUGAUCGCAGAUCCGCCAAAGAGACCUCACCAGCUAGCAACGGCCGCAACGUGGAUGCAUGACCCGGAGGCAAGCGGCAGCGUCCUCGGCGGAGAUCUGAAUGCAAUCCAGGACUUUGACAAGACACUCCAUUCGGACAACAAUCUCUCUGACGCCUAUCUGACACUUGGGGGGAAGGAGGACACCGACGAAGGAUAUACCUGGGGCCAAAUGGCUCCGACAAGGCUGAGGAACAUGUUUGGGUGCAGUCGAAUGGACAAGUUGUUCUUCUGUGGACAGCUCAAAUGCGAGAAAUUCGAGCGUUUCGGCAUGGGUGUUGAAGUGGAAGAAGAGGGCGUUAAGCAGGCUUUAGUCAAGGACGAAGGAAUGGAGGCAGGCUGGGUCACUGACCACCUGGGCGUGAAAGCUGAAUUCAGUGUCGAUAAGGCGGCCAGCUCAAAGAUCUGA